CAGAGAUCCGCCUGCCUCUGCCUCCCGAGUGCUGGGAUUAAAGGUGUGCACCACCGCCACCCAGCACGCGUGUCUCUCUCUUUUUUUUUAAACAGACUUUUUCAGUUUUAUUUUUGUUCAUAAAGCAUACAGGUUAUACAUUUACUUGUCCCCCCCUCCCAGAUUCACCUCCACAUUCCCUGUCCAUCUUUGUGUCCUCAUUUUGAUUUUUUAUUUAAUUAAAAUGUAAUUACUUUCUCCCCCUUCCAACACUCAGACUCAUAGCCUCUUUCUCAUUAUUAGCAUUAUGCUUGUGUGUGCAACUAAAUACAUAAAUGCAGCCUGCAGCAGCCUGUGGAAUGUUGCUUGCAUGUAUAUAUUUGUAAGACUGACCGUUUGCUAUUGGAUUGCCAUUUAGAGCGACCAUCUUUAUCGUAGUAAUGAGUAGUUUCUUCAAAUCUUUGAAAUUGUAAUUGAUUUCCUGUAUCCUUAUUAAUUUGGUUUUUAGAGAUCUGUCACUGUUCAUUAAAUACACUUGGAUGUGUUUUGGAGUGUUCAUCUAAUGUAGAGCAUAUAUGCCUAGGUGUAAAAGAAAACCUGUCCAAUAUUUUCCUUAGAAUUUCUACAGCCUACCUACAUAAUAAACGGAAGUUCAAGGCAGACACUGGGAGAGAUGUCAGAAGACUCAGAGGAGGAAGACUACUCAGACAGGAGUAUCAGUGAUGAUGAUGAAUCAGAUGAGGAUACGUUCAUGAAAUUUGUAAGUGAUGAUAUUCAUCGGUGUACACUACUAGCAGCUUUGUCAUCUGAUGGAAGAUAGAAUGUGGCUCCUUGUUUUAACUGCUGAUUCUCUUGGUGACCCAUUCUUCCCUCGAACUACACAGAUUUUAUUAGAGUAUCAUCUAGGAAGAUGGGUGCCACGCCUUCGUGAACCACGGGAUUUAUAUGGCGUCUCUUCUUCUGGUCCACUAAGCCCAACACGGUGGCCAUACCACUGUGAGGUCAUUGAUGAAAAAGUCCAGCAUAUUGAGUGGACUCCUUUUUUUCCUGAGCCGGUAUAUGUUCCAACAGGCCUGGAAAUAGAACCGGUUUACCCAAAUAACAAAGAAGAUACUGUGGUUUACCUAGCUGAAGAUGCUUACAAAGAGCCCUGUUUUGUGUAUUCCCGAGUUGGGGGUAACCGGACACCCUUGAAACAACCUGUGGAUAACUGUGACAACACUUUGGUGUUUGAAGCAAGGUUUGAGAGUGGUAAUCUACAGAAGGUAGUCAAAGUGGCAGAUUAUGAAUACCAGUUGACUGUGCGCCCAGACCUCUUCACAAAUAAGCAUACUCAGUGGUACUAUUUCCAGGUCACUAAUACUCAAGCAGAAAUAGUCUACAGAUUCACUAUUGUCAACUUCACAAAGCCUGCUAGUCUUUACAAUCGGGGUAUGAGGCCACUGUUCUAUUCUGAAAAAGAGGCCAAGAUUCAUAACAUUGGCUGGCAGAGAAUAGGAGACCAAAUCAAGUAUUAUAAAAACAAUCUUGGGCAAGAUGGGCGCCAUUUUUUUUCUCUGACGUGGACAUUUCAGUUUCCACACAACAAGGACACGUGCUACUUUGCUCACUGCUAUCCAUACACUUACACCAACCUUCAAGAAUACCUUUCUGGCAUCAACAGUGACCCAGUAAGAUCAAAGUUUUGUAAAAUACGUGUCUUGUGCCACACGCUUGCUAGGAAUAUGGUUUAUGUCUUGACAAUCACUACUCCCUUGAAGAACAGUGACUCAAGAAAGCGCAAGGCUGUGAUUUUGACUGCAAGGGUCCAUCCAGGAGAGACCAACAGCUCUUGGAUCAUGAAAGGCUUCCUAGAUUAUAUUUUAGGCGACUCGAGUGACGCGCGGUUGCUUCGGGACACUUUCAUCUUCAAGGUGGUGCCCAUGCUGAAUCCAGACGGUGUGAUUGUGGGGAAUUACCGAUGCUCCUUAGCCGGACGGGAUUUAAACCGUAAUUACACAUCUCUCCUGAAGGAAUCUUUCCCUUCUGUUUGGUAUACAAGGAACAUGAUCCAUAGGUUAAUGGAGAAACGAGAGGUGAUUUUAUAUUGUGAUCUUCAUGGCCAUAGUAGGAAACAGAACAUUUUCAUGUAUGGCUGUGAUGGUAGCAACAGAUCUAAAGCAAAAGGAUUAUACUUACAGCAACGAAUCUUUCCACUUAUGCUGAGCAAAAAUUGCCCAAAUAAAUUUUCCUUCUCAGCUUGCAAGUUUAACGUCCAGAAGAGCAAAGAGGGGACAGGAAGGGUUGUGAUGUGGAAGAUGGGUAUCAGGAACAGCUUCACUCUGGAAGCCACCUUCUGCGGAUCUACUCUUGGCAAUAAACGAGGCACUCAUUUCAGCACAAAAGACUUAGAGUCAAUGGGAUAUCAUUUUUGUGAUUCUCUAUUGGACUACUGUGACCCUGACCGGAGCAAGUAUUUUCGGUGCCUGAAAGAAUUAGAAGAAAUGGAAAAACAUUUGAACUUGGACAGAGUUUUUGAUGAUUCAGAUACUUCUCUAGUAGAAAUUUCAUUGGAUGUAGAGUCUAGUAGUCGAGGCUCUGACAGUUCAGAGUCCAAUGACACUCAGACUUAUCUUCUCAAGUUGACCUCUCAGGUAAAAAACAAGAAAAAGUAUCUGAAAACAAAGAGGGAAAGAAAUGCAACCCUAGCAAAGCGACAGAAUAACACAAGAGAGGAGAGCACUGGGGAGACAGCUGGGAGGAGCCCUCCAGAACUCAGAACAGACCUCAAACCCAACUUCCAGACCUGCCCAUUCAAAGGAGAUUUUAAAAAUUCACCUGAAGAGCAAAUUAUGAUCCUGGGCAAGGUUGAAGACACUAGAGCAAUCAGCCAAAACUUAGUUUAUGAUAAAGAACAUUUACUCCAGAGGCAAGAAGAAUCAAAUUCUGAUGUGAAAGGAGCUCGUCUUUUAACCAGGGAAGAAAAGCAAGUGAGAAAGCACUGUGUUGCGGGUACAGUGCCCACAGUGUGUGAUUCAGACCCAAGGCCGACGGUACCAGAUGUGUACGUGGCUCAUUGUUUCAGAAGACCAUUGCCUAACCAAGGCAUGGUGAAAAUUCCUGGACAUGGCUGUUAUCCCCGAAAACCACACUCAAGCACCCAGCAUAUGAUUCAGAGUCCUAACAAAGACCAACAGACAUAUAAUCUAGAAACUUGUAAGAAUCCAGUCCAAGAAGUGCAGUCCAAAGAAAUCAACAUGUAUGAAAGCUGUGUCAAAGGGCCAUCCUUGAAGCAUCCUGUGAACAAAGAGACUUCAAAUUGGAUUGAGAAGACAAUAAUACCAACAGAGCCACAUCAUGAAUCGAAAAGCAAAACAAAAAGAUGCAAGAGGACUGGCACCAAUUGGACAGAUGAUGAAAAAAGAAUCUACAGGGAUAAAAGAAUAGCUCAAACUCAGGAAAUAUUACAAUAUUUACUUCCCAUCGUGGAAUCCUCUAAAAACAUGAAAGCUAAUCAAAUGAAAGACCUCUUCAAUCCAGGAGUUGACUUCCAGCAGCAUCAAUUUAUUCCAACUACUUGCAUAAAUAUAAGAAGAUACAGCAUGCCUUGGACAACAACCAAAAGUCUCCCUUCUAAAACCCAAAGGAAUCUUGUGGCAAAUACCUCAGAAUGGCUCCGGUCUGUGCCCCAGGGCUCACUUGAAAGUUUAUCACCCCUCUGCAGUUUUCAGAAGAGGAAAAUGCAUUCUGAAGUCUGGACCAGAGACACUGAAGAUGCGAUGCUUCCCAGCAGCAAAGAGGAGACUGUUCCCUCACAUUCUAAAACAGAUACUGAUAUUGUCCAAGGCAACAGUCUUCAGCCUGAAGAAUCCAGCCUGAAGAGCUCUGAGCAGAUAGUUCCUGAUCUGACUAAAAGCAACGAGAAGCCAAAUGAGAGUGAUGGCUCGCGCACCUUCCACCUAAGUUCCAGGACAACAGUUAACCAAGCUGAAAGUGACUGAGAACUGUGGCUGAUGGAGAUGUGCUGACACAGCAAAAAUCAGCCACCCCCCCCCUUCCCUGGCCCUCCCUCCCCUCUACACAUGUAUGUGUGGGUACCCAACUACAGAUUUUACAUAGCCCAUCUUCCUUAAAGGAAACAUCUUUCAGAGAUUUUAAAACUCCAGAGGAAAUAUAGAAAAGUUAAAAAACACAUAUAUUUAAUUUGUAUCAACAUGGGGAAAAAGCUUGAAACUUUUGAUUUCUUCCAAAAUUAUGCAUGUAUAUAACACCAAAAAACUAAAACUUCAAGAAAGACAUGCUAUUAAUGAUUUUAGUCGCUUUGAUGAAUGAAUUAGCAGCCACCAUCAUUUCUUGAGUCUCUUUUAUAUAGUUGGUGUGCUAGAAAAAGCACAGGAGAAAUAAACAAUAUUUCUCCCUAUAGAAGAAUAUCCUAGAAUUGUUCCUGUGAGCACACAUGCUAGCUGGGCAUAUACACUAGUAAUCCCAGCACUUGGGAGGGAGGUAGAGGCAGGAGGACCAGAGAUUCAAGGCAAGCCUGGGCAACAUUUAAAAAUAGCAACAUAAAUACUAAUAAUAACUGAAUAAGAACAUAUAGUAAAGCACUAAUUUGUGUACUUCCAAUUGAUGAGAUAGCACAUGUUAAAAGAUGCUAAUUGCACAAACCAAAGGUGGAACCCAAUUACAUGGAAAUAUAUUAUGGUUUUGAAGCCAUUCUACCUCUCAUAAUUAAGCAAAGUUGUAAAAGAUUAGAAGUCCCAUUUCUCCUAGAGUCAGUGAGUGCCCGCCUCUAGUCCUUCAUUCAAAUGGAUACUUCAAAAGCAAGUCCUACACUUCACGUUUGUCAUAAGGUGGUCAAUAGUUAGCCAUGGGGGGCAGGGAUGCAAUCCCAUCUGCUUAGGAGCCUGACUCAGGAAGAUCACAAGUUCAAGGCUUGCCUGGGCUACAACCUGAGUUCAAGAGCAGUCUCAGCAACCUAAUGAAAUCCUCCAUCCAACGGAAAGACUAAAACAAAGAGGAGGGAAAGUGGGGGUGUAGCUCUGUGACAGAUAACUACAUGGGGAGGCCCUAGUUCACAUCCAAGUUUCCCACAAAAAUAAAACUACAGUGAGUACAAGGAGGGAUUCCCGAAGCCCAGGCAAAGGAGUAAGGGUAACAAGUGUGCCAGUGAAGACGAAGGCCGGUGAGUGAGAAAACUGCAAGCCCGGGUCUACAGAGGCACAGUAGAUACACGUCACGGGUCUAAGCGACAUAAGCAGGCUCUGCAAUCAGUGUUUCUAGUAGAUGAAAAGACGUAAGAGCUCACUGCAAUGUUCAGAGAAGAAAUGUUAUUUAUAGGGGAUUUUGACCAUAAAUUUCCUCAAUCCUUGCACAUGGUAGGAAACAAUUGUUUUUCCUCAGGAAGAAGGACUGGAUUUGGGGGUAGCUAUUGGGGUUCUCUGAGAAGUCCCUAAUCUCUUUACUAGGAAUUCUUCCCUUGGUAACUUGACACCAUGGUAGAGUACAGGCUCUCAAAAGUCUUGCCCUUGUUCUCAUAAAUCAGGGAAAACUAAACUUCAUGAAAAUCUAAAAAUUUAAAUUGACAUUUGUUCUUUGAAACUUCAGUUAUAUGAAAGUUUGAGACUACAAACUUAAUAUCUUUGUGAGAAUAACCAAAGUAACAAACUGGUUUCUUGGAAGACUGAGGUGUGCAGAAGAAUUUCCUUAAUUAUUUACCAUCCUUGCCCUUUAAUCCCCCCGCCUUGUGUCAUGUUUUGAAUGUCUUAUUGCAUUAUUUACUGUUUUGUGUUGGGGGGGGGAGUGUGAAUCUCAUGCACCAUUAGGUCAUGUAUGCCAUGGUACACAUUGAGGUCAGAAGACAGUGUGUUCUCCUACCAUGUAGCUACAGGGACAGAACUCAGGUGGUCAGGCUUGGCAGCCAGUGCCUAUACCCACUGAGCCAUCUUAAAACCCUUCCCCUUAUCUCUUAUUUGCUACAAAUACCUGACAUGUAGAGUGCAAGAAUAUAUGUAAAUCGUUUUCACUCUGUUUUUCAUGGUAUAGUAUUUAAAUUCUAAGUAUGCCGCUCUUCCAUAAAGGUCAUUCAUUCUGUCUGAUCUUAUGAUGUAAACCUUCCAGAACAAUUGGAAAGCCUCUACUUUUCCUUGAAGAUUAAACUCAAAUGUUCCCUUCUCUGGAAAAACUC